AUGGCAGUUGUUCUUCCUGGAUAUGCUGCAACGACAACAACUAUAACAACUGUCAAUAAUUUUACGAUUAAACCAACAACUGCUGCUAAUGAAACAUUUUUUUCUGCUGAACCAACAACAGAAACAGCAAACGAAACAACUACAUUAUCCACUGUGGGGACAACAACACCUUCUAUGACUACUGCUCCUUCUUCUCCUACUGAAAUAGCAACUACAUCAAACCAGGUGACAAACACAUCACCAACAACACUUUCUACGGAUGUAACAACAACCACAUCAACUGUGGGGACAACAACACCUUCAAUGACUACUGCUCCUUCGUCUACAAAAAUAGCAACUACAUCAAACCAGGUGACAACCACAUCACCAACAACUAUUUCUACGGAUGUAACAACAACCACAUCAACUGUGGAGACAACAACACCUUCAAUGACUACUGCUCCUUCGUCUACUAAAAUAGCAACUACAUCAAACCAGGUGAAUACUUCUUCCGAUGAAACAACAACGGCAUCAACCCAGGUGACAACGACAUUACCUACAACUUCUUCUUCCGAUGAAACAACAACGGCAUCAACCCAGGUGGCAACGACAUUACCUACAACUACUUCUUCCGAUGAAACAACAACGGCAACAACACAGGAGAUCUCCACAUUACCUACAACUACUUCUCCAGAAGAAACAACAACGGCAUCAACCCAGGUGACAACAACAUUAGCUACAACUACUUUCCCCGAUGAAACAACAACGGCAUCAACCGAGGAGACCUCCACAUUACCUACAACUACUUCCUCCGAUGAAACAACAACGGCAUCAACCCAGGAGACCUCCACAUUACCUACAACUACUUCUUCCGAUGAAACAACAACGGCAUCAACCCAGGAGACCUCCACAUUACCUACAACUACUUCUCCCGAUGAAACAACAACGGCAUCAACCCAGGAGACCUCCACAUUACCUACAACUACUUCUUCCGAUGAAACAACAACGACAUCAACCCAGGAGACUUCCACAUUACCUACAACUACUUCUCCCGAUGAAACAACAACGGCAUCAACCCAGGAGACCUCCACAUUACCUACAACUACUUCUUCCGAUGAAACAACAACGGCAUCAACUCAGGUGACAACCACAUUACCUACAACUACUUCUUCCGAUGAAACAACAACGGCAUCAACCCAGGUGACAACAACAUUAGCUACAACUACUGCUCCUGAUGAUACAACAACGGCAUCAACCCAGAUGACAACAAUAUUAGCUACAACUUCUUCUCCCGAUGACACAACAACGGCAUCAACCCAGGAGACCACAACAUUACCUACAACUACUUUCCCCGAUGAAACAACAACGGCAUCAACCCAGGAGACCACAACAUUACCUACAACUACUUUCCCCGAUGAAACAACAACGGCAUCAACCCAGAUGACAACCACAUUACCUACAACUACUUUCCCCGAUGAAACAACAUCGGCAUCAACCCAGGUGACAACCACAUUACCUACAACUACUUUCCCCGAUGAAACAACAACGGCAUCAACCAAGGUGACAACCACAUUACCUACAACUACUUUCCCCGAUGAAACAACAACGGCAUCAACCCAGGUGACAACCACAUUACCUACAACUACUUUCCCCGAUGAAACAACAACGGCAUCAACCGAGGAGACCACCACAUCAGCUUUAGCUACUUUUUCAAAUGUUAAAACAACAGACUAUUUAGACACUACAACUUCAUUUAAACUUACAACGUCAUCACCUCUGAAAGUUACAACGUCUACCAAAGUUGUAAUAGCCUAUUGUCCAAGAGAAAUAUUUAACAAUAUAACAUGGUCACAGACAGAAGCAGGACAAAAAGACACACACAAAUGUCCUUCUGGAUAUACAGGUAAUAUUUUCCGGAAAUGCAACGACAACGGUGGUUGGGAAAAUCCUGUGUAUAUAGAAUGUGUUAAUAUGGUUCUUCAUGACACAACAGAAAAGCUGGAUAAACUUGGAAACAGUACGAAUUCUACGGAAGCAACAGCAGUUAUAGAUAACGUACUAGAUACAAUAAACAAUAAUACUAUUGGAAACGGAAAUCCUCCUACAUCUGGAGAUUUGAAACAUACCACUGAUAUACUGUCUCAAAUUGUUGGAAUAGGAACAUCGAAAAAUGCGACUGUUGAUCCACAGAAAUUUGGAGAUGUUUUGAAUUCGGUGUUGGAUACAAAUAAUAGCGGCAGCUGGAAUGAAGUAAAUUCGCAGGACCAAUCCGACGAAGGUGCAUCAAAAAUUAUGGGAAUAGUAGAUAGUCUAGGUAGUCUCGUUCAAAAGAAGUUACUCCCUAAUGAAACCAGAAUCAUUAACAAAACAAAUUUAGUUAUAGAGGUUUCAACAUUGAAGAAAAACCUAACUUUCCCACCAGAUUCAAAUUCGAUGUCAAAAUUGAUUCUUGCAAACCAACCAUCUCUACAAGAUACACUUUACACAGCGGCCCUAUACAGAACAUUGUCGGGUAUACUUCCAACAACACCAAAUAGAUCAGUUGGUUCUGACGUUAUUUCUGUAUCAUUUGGCCAAGCUAUUAACAACUUAACAGAAAAUAUCACAAUCAGAUUUGAGCAAAAUAAAAAGGUGGCAUAUACAGAUCCAAAGAUAUCUUGUGGAUAUUGGAACUUCAGUUCUAGAAGUUGGGCUAGUAGCGGAUGUUAUCUCAAACAGACUGAAUCAAAUGUUUCUACAUGCACAUGCAAUCAUUUAACUAAUUUUGCUAUUUUGAUGAGUCCUAGCGAUUUUGAAAUUACAGAUUUUCAUCAAAGAGCCUUAGAAAUAAUCACUUUUGUUGGUUGUGGCCUAUCAAUAUUAGGGUGUACUCUUACCCUUAUUACUUACUAUGCAUUCUGGAGAUAUGUUAAAAAUGAAUGGACUGUUAUUUUAUCGAAUAUGUGUGUUGUUUUGAUCAUUGGAUAUUCCGUUUUCUUAAGUUCUACAAACGUCACAGACAAUGAGAUUGCUUGUAUCAUAGUAACAGCAGUUCUACAUUACGUGUUUUUGGUAGUAUUCUUCCUUAUGCUAUGUGAAGGAAUAUCAGUAGCUAGAUCUGUCACCGUUGUUUUCAAGAGAAAAUCUGAAGCACGUUUUUAUUUACCAUUUGCUUGGGGAGUUCCGUUGGUGAUUGUAGGAAUAACUCUAGGAGUUACGCGCUUAAAAGGAUAUCAUUCAGAAAAAUAUUGCUGGCUUAGCACGAAUAACUUUGUAUUUAUGGCAUUUGUUGGACCUGCUUUACUUAUUAUACUGAUUAAUAUAGGAAUAAUACAUGUUGUAUUAAAAGCUAUUUAUUCUACAAAUGCUAUGGUGAACGAAAGAUUAAAGAAAAAAGUCAGAGCCGGUGUUAAAUGCAUGGUUGUUUUAAUACCAGUAUUAGGAUUAUCAUGGUUAUUUGGAAUUCUGGCAUAUAAUGAAGAUACCAUCAUAUUUCAGUAUUUGUUUGGUAUUUCUACUUCCCUUCAGGGAUUUAUAAUAUUUAUAAGAGAUGCAGUUUCAAAUAAAAAGUUACAUGAAGGAAUCGGGAAAGCGGUGCAUAGAUACAGAUCAAACUCUAUGUUAAAAGCUAGCAGCAAAACACAGUCUUCUGGUUUACAGAACAGAUUUGAAUUUAAAGGUCACCAAAUGAGUUCAGAUGAAUAUCAAUACGACAAACCAAUGAGGGCCCAUCUGAGGAUGCGAACUUUUAUUUAAAUUUACAAUAUUUAAGUGUGAAAGAAAUAAGACAUCAAGACGACAUUUUUUAAUUAGAGAAAAAUAAUAGUAGCGUACACCAUACAAGCUGUCAAACUAAUGCAUGUAUAAUGCAAUCAAUCUAAAACUGUAAUUCUCUGAAAUUUCAUGAAAUCACUGACUGUCGUAUGUUACCUAAGUUAAACUCUCACACAAAGACUAUGUUUUUACAGAAUAAGAAUAAUUGGUAAUCAUGCACAGUAAAAAAUAGUUCAUAGUUGUCAAAUAUGAAUUUAUUCGUAAGAAAUUUUAAAUACUAUUUGCAAAAUAUCUCGGUAUAUUUUAAUUUCAGACAUCUGUGUAACAAGUUAUAUCU